AUGAUGAGGCCACCAUCGAGCACAGCUCAUAACACCACCAAAGUACCACCAAACGCAGAAGAAAGACUAGAAGCACUUAAACGCAAGCUCGCUUUACUGGAAUCAGUCCAUGCUGACGAGAAGAAACAGCACCAAGUAGAUGCAGAUCGUUUUAAACUCGACCUCUCAAAGGCCCAGAAGUCCAUCGCAGACCUCGAGAAGGUCAAGAAACACAACGCCGCACUCGAAGCACGCGUUCAAGAGCUGAAGAAGACCUCUACUUCCGAACAAGCGGAGAUCAGGGACCUUCGAGUGAAACUACGCAUCUCGGAGAAUGAACGCUCUCAACUGACGUCGAAGCAAGGAGAGGCGGGCGAGAUGAAGAAGGCAAUGCAAGCACUCGAGUCGAAGCGAAAGGACGAGAUGCGUGAGCGGGAUAGAAAGGUGGCAGAACUGGAGAAGUCGUUGUCUGCUGAGAAGAAGAGGCGAGAAGGGGCAGAGGCGAAAUUGGCUGAGAUCAGGGGCAGAGUAGAUGGCGAGGUCAAAGAAGCGAAGGAGACGGCUCAUGAACGGGAGUCUGAGGUCAAGCGAGUACGUGCCCAGGCCGAAGAGGCGAGAGCGUCGUUGGAGUCAGUCCGCAGAGAGGCAGAGAUCACUGAGGAGCGACUCCUGGAGCGGCUUGACGACGUCCAAUCCCUUCUAUCACACGCCGCAGAGGAAUACGGCCGUCUCGCUUCGUCCACCGUCCUGAACUCCACCCAUCAUUCUCUAAAGGUCAACCUCGAAGCUGUUCGGCUCCGUAACGUCCAUCUCCAGCGCAAGCUUGCCAACUCUGAAGGCCAGGUCGUAGAAUUGGCAAGUCUCAUUCGCCAGAGGAAGGAACAGAACGAGGGACUUUCUACCCAGCUGCGCCAUGCCGAAGAGCUCAUUUCGUUCUACCAUUCGUGUUGGAAGGAUUCCCUUUCGGAUCGUCAAGCAUCAGACCCUCCAAACGAUCCGCUCUGGGCAGAGUUGCUUACCCUCCAAAGCGACCAACAGGAGAUGGCUGCUACGACAUACGAAACGGUUUCUUCUACCGAAACGAUCGUUGUCAACGCGUAUCGUUCAUCCACCCGUGCUAUAUUAUCUUCACUGGCAGCGUCUGUCCACGAGGUUGACAUGGAACGACUUCGAACCGAACAAUCCAACACCGCUCUAGAGAACGUGAAAGCAGCCCGCGACGUCGCCAACUCCGAAUCCGACAACCUUCGUUCCGAGCACGGCGUUCUUCGUAAACAGAUCUCCGAUCUCAAAGACUCGCUAGAUUCGGCCAAGGCACAGGAGGCCGAUCUGUUGCAGAAAGUCAAAGCCGCCAAACUCGAGGCACAGUGGCAUGCCACAGAACACGAACAAUCCGUCUGGAAGGAGCGCGACAUCAACCAGAGGUUAACACAGACAGUGCAGAAGCACAAGGCAGCCGAGGACGCCUUGCGAGCAGAGAUCGAGCAGCUGACCUCCGAGUUGGGGGAUGCUGAACGGUACCAGGAAGCGUAUCAGAACCUCAUCGGGGAGGUGGAGGGUCUCGCCGCUCGCAACGAACUGGCGGAAAACGAGGCCGAGCGUCUGAGCAAGUUCAACGCUGAGAUUCUGAGCCACAACAACCCAGCUCAGCGAAUUUUGUACCUCGACCGCAUCCGUCGUGAGCUCGCCGAUACGAAACAUACUCUCCUCACCGUGACCCAGGAGCGUGACAAUGCUCUCGCCCAUUCCCAAACUCUCCGCCAUGAACUCGACAUGUACACCAGCGUCAACAUCCCACACGACAUGAAGCCCAGAACCACCAUGACCCGGGUCGGUCGUAUCCCUCUGGGCCAAAGUACAAAUACACGGUCAACGGUUGGUCCCGUCCAUCGUUCACACAGCUCGAAUGGCUCUGGUGCCAGUGGUGAUAUGAUGUCGAAGUCUACGUCUGCUAAUAGGUACUCGACUGUAUCGGAGAAUGUGGAGGGCGAGAUGACUUUGGAUGACCUGGCAUGAAUGUGUUUAGACUGAUACUUGGUCGUGUUGCUUGUGCUUGAGCGUCUGAUUUUAUGCUUUCAUCUUCGUACCCGCGUCGCAUAUGUACUCCUAUCUU